AUGGCUGAAUCAGUUGUACAGGUCCGGGUCUUCACCUACCAGACCAAUCCUAUCAACUCUACCAUAAUGCCCGAUCUGGUUCAAUUAGCCUACAAAACUGCGAUAGAUAAGGGACUUGCCCCGACAACACUGCUGAUUAGGUCCAUUCUUCACAAGUCUACCAAGGGCGGUCCUGACCCUCAGGGGUACCACGUCACGUUGUCCAUCAAGUACCCUGAGACGCCCAGGGACAACCAUGUCACUGCACAUGGUUAUACUCCUGGUCGAGACAACUAUCAGUUCGUGUCGGCGACUUUCGGUGAUACACAAAUUGAUGCCACACCACGUCGAGGCUUCCAUAAGUCGAAGGGCGAGAAGGUUGUUUGGCCAGAUCUGGCUGGCCUUGUGGAGUGGGAGAACAGCCCCGUUACCUUCCCUGCUCCGCCGGCCCCGAAGAAGUAA